GAAUCCUGGGAAAACAGGAGUCCCGAAUGCCUUUGAAAAAAUUCCGGGCAAGGAGUGAAAAUACAGGAUUACUUCGGGAAAAUCGGGAUGUCUAAUCACACUAAGUCGAUCUAAAUUAGACAUGCUGGACAAGUGACGCAGUAUGCUAUCGAGGCCGGUCGAGACGGUCGAGACUACGAUGUAAAAGGAGGUCGUACUUCGUCGGCCAUGAUAGGUCAAAAAGUGAUUUAAUUAAAUUGAGCAAGGAUUGAAGCCGAUUGUUUUCCUAGUUAUGCCAGGUUGCACUGCACCUAACUGUACAAAUAGUUCCCAGAAAGGAUUCAAAUUGUAUCAUUUUCCAAGUGAUAAGGAAAGGAGUUUCAUUUGGGUUCAAAACUGCGGGAGGGAGCGCGGUUGGAAACCAACUAAGCAUACAUGUGUGUGUGAGGUACAUUUUGAAGAAUCGCAGUUUGAAUCUCAUCGAGCUGAUGGUUUGAGAAAGUUGAAGCCCAAUGCGAUACCCACCAUUUUUAACAGAGUCGCACCUCUUCGAAGCUAUACUCGAAAAGCUAAAAAGGAGCCAAACAAUGAAAAUGUUUGUCCUGUGACCAAAGAAAAUAGAAAAUUGCCUAAAGUAGCUGAAGGUACAAGGUUGAAGGUAACUUCUCAACAGAAGGGAUUUGAGCUGAAAGAAAGUACAGGAAAGGACAGUGAUGGACCUCUACAGGGAGAAGGUGAAGGUUUGAAGGAACUUGAUCAUACAUAUCCAAAAUUUACUUCAGGGGAAGAUAAAGACCAGAAUAUUCUAAAUAAUGAUGUUACUGUUGAAGAUGGAGAGGUUUCUGUGACUGUGUCAUUACCAACACAAUGUUCCAAGUCUUACGUAAGAGGAAGAAAAAGAGGGCGACCUGUAAGGAAAUGUGAUAAAAAGUAUGACGGUGAAUGGUGCCCAGAGAAAUCCAGAACCAGCCGGGGAAGAAAACGUGGCAGGCCGCCUGGUUCUAGCAAUAAGUCUCCAGCAUCUUUUCAUUCACCAGUUAGGAAGUCUGUCAAAUUUUCUAUCAGAAACAAAGAACAGUUGCAAGAUAGUGAUAAAGGAAUAGUGAAAGAGGACUGCCCCACUUCUGAAAAUAAAACUGGAGACUCUCUCAGUGGAGAAAAGAGCCAGUGUUUUGUGUGUGACAAGAAUGUGAAUAAUGGCAUAUCAAUACACACACUGACCAAUACAACCAAGGUACAUAUGCAUCACAAAUUGGAUAAGUUAGUGGUGGGAGAAAUGGAGCUGCGUAUUGGAGAAGAUGGCGUUCUCUGCAUUCGUUGUGCUAACCUUCUGAAUUAUGUGGACCGCAUAGAAGUGGAAUUGAACAUGCUGACCAAAGCUAUUCUCAACUCUAUUCGCAAGAAAUAUGGAAUGGGAGUAAGGACCUCUGACAAGACACUUGAGAACUUGCUUUCAGACAUUGAAGAGGAGGAGAAAGAUGAACAGGGGAAUUGUGGUGAAAAGAUAAACAUGGACUUGCAAUUAAGCUUGGGAGAAGAAACCAGUAAUCAGUGGACAGAGCAUGAAAAUGGUUCUGUAGUGUCUUCAUACACAUCAGAUACCUUGGAUGCCAGUGCUACUAAUAAAAUACAUGAAUCGCCACCUUCGGAGGAAAUGCAAUGUCAUGUAUGUAGAUUCAGAACCUCCUACAAGUCACUGAUGAUUUUUCAUCUUCGGCAGCACAUGAAGGAUUCAUAUUGGUGUGACUUCUGUAAUAUUCCUCUGCCAAAAGGAACAGUUGAUUGGAUGGGAAGAAAUAGUGUUGAAAAUCACAUCACAAAUAUUGACCUUGAUGAUCAGCAUGUGAUUGCAGACGUGCAGGGUGACAUAGUAGAACAAGAGGUGGAAGCAAAUGGUAAUGCAGUCAGAGAGGUAGAUGGCUCUGAUACCAGUAUAUUACCCAGAAGCAUGGACUUAAUGGUAACUGUGCUACCUGUCAGUGCUGAAGUUGUAGGCAAAAUAGUACCACAGAAAGUUAUCAGAUCGGAGAGGAUUAAAUCUAGGAGAGGCACAGAAGAUACCGUUAGGCUUCCAAAUGAUAAUGAUAAAAGCAGUUCAUCUUUGAAUCACAUGCAGUCCAUCAGUAACAGUGGAAAAUGUAUUAGGGUGUUAAAUGAAAUGGGUAUGAUCAUAACACAGGAAGUGGCAUCAAGUGAUGAAGUGAAAGACAGUGAGACAGUUGUGUCUGAAGAACACACAGACUCACAAAUUCCCUCCCACACUGUUAAGUUUACGACAUUAGACCUGACUGUAAAGCCACAGGCAGGUGACAGAAGUAAAGAUCAACAUAUUUUGUGCAAAUAUCUUGUUGACAGUCAUAGCAAUAAAGGCAGUGCAAUAACAGAAUUAGAGUUGAACAUGGAACAUAGGCAGUUACUGAAUGAGGUGGCAAUAACUGAAGUGACAUCAGAAGAGUUACAAAUUGACAACCUUAGUGGUGAUGCGAGUGAGAUGAGAGUCAAUGUUACACCUGGAAUGAUGACAUAUUCCAGUCAUGACAGAAGACUGAAUGCUGCGCUUGUAGAUAAUCCCAGUGAACUGAAUGAAGAAGUUGUUGGAGUACAAAACUAAAUGUUAAUUUCAGUAAAUGCAAAAUUGGAGACAUUUGUAACAGAAAUUACUUGGAUAUAAAAUACAAAGUGCCAGUAUUUCCUUUUUGUGCUAUAGUAUUUGUAUCUUCAGAGCUGGGAUAGCUCAUUCAGUCUAGCUACAGGCUGGAUGGCUGCGUUUCAAUUCCCAACAGGGGCAAGAGAUUUUUCUCUACUCCGUAGUAGUUAGACCAGCUCUGGGGCCCAUUUGGCUUCCUUACCCAGUGGAUAGCGGGGUUAAAGCUGCCAGGAGGGAAUCUGACCACUUACCUCAGUCUAGUGACUACAUGGAGAAAGUAAAAUUACUGGAUAAAAUGUAAACUCAAGUGUUUGAGAAUUGGAUUGUUCUGUGUCCAGAAAAGUUCAGACUGAGAUAUGAGCAAAUGAAGUUUGUAGAACUUUUGAAUUGUGAACAUAAUGCAGUAAAGUCCCCAUUAUCUGGCACAGAGAGAAUGGGUGUGCCAGUUG